GCGUGAGUUCACAUUCAAAGUACUUCCAACAGGGCCCAUCGAAUGGGCUUUCAUUGAGAAGUAUAUUGUGUCUCCGGGGGCGCCAAGAAGAGCGCAGACGUCCAUGGCGCCCUCCAGCAAGCGGACAUGCGACUCGUCGAUUCGAGGCGCUCGAAUCUCAUCCUUUCGUUUCUGGGUCGAUUAACAGAACUGAUAAGACUGGCGUUCGCUCGCCAGUGACCUCACCAUGCCAGAGAUCUCUCAGGUAUGCUGCUGGAUACUGCGUACCGGUCUCGCCCAGGAGACUUUCCGCAACAGCAGGCCGACGCUCAGCUACGUUGCCAGUAUCGACCACUUCGAUAAGAACGACAGAAAUCGUCCGGAGAUUUCCAUCGCCACCUCGACCACCUGCAUGGUCGCUAUUUCCACGACAAUCAGGACACAAUGCUGCGAUCGAUGUGUCACCAGCGCCGGAACAGGAGCAGCGAGUGUACUCGCAUACGCCGGUCGUGCAUGGCUCUGCUGUGAAUAUGCAAAAUCGCACUGCCCUCAACCGGCAAUUAAGGGAGUCGUCCGGGAAUACUUGCGCGCAAGCCUCCACGCACCCAUCACACCUCGACUUUGGCUUCAUCGGCCAGAAACUUUGCAAGCACCGACUGAUGCGCCUCCGACAUCAAAACCAUGCCUCAGCUCCACAUGGACAAACGCAGCUACCAGGGCAAGCUCUCCACCCUGCCAUGACAUUGGACGGCGCUUCGAACCAUGCCCAACCACUCCGAGAGAUGCCGCCGUCUGCCUUCCAAGACCAUGCCCCCGUCGGACAACCCAAUCCAGCUACCCGUGACAUCCCCGUCUCAAAUUCCCUGCAAGAACGUGACACGGGCUUGCCAACUACAACCACAUUCCAUCAGACAUCACCCACAAGUAGCACGACGUUCCACGUCCAACCCAAUCUUCGCCGUGCCGCCACUUUCGAUACCGUGCGCACCGAUAUCACCGACUCGUUCCAGGGACGUGCUUAGCUAGUGCGUCGCCGCAACGAACGUGGCACAUGGCGUCACCGUAUGGCCCAGACGACAUGUUAGCAAUGUGAAGUCGAGGCUGCGCCCAAGGGGUUUUGGAACAAGUUUAAUGCUGCGUUGCAGUAUACGUGCUUGUGUCAUUAUCGCGGUUAUGAUGAUGACGAGGAUCCUUAUUGGAGGGGUAUGAGUGAGAGAGUGAAGUAUCGGGAGAGGCAGCGGAAUGCUGCUGGUGAUGCUGCUGGGACGGUGGGUGGAGAGACGGUUAUUGGAGGUACUGGACUUGGAGAGCGACGGUGAGGAGGGUUUGAGGUUAUUGAUUCUUUGAGUAAUUGGACUGCCCUAUACAUAGAUGGACUUACCUAAUGCAUACGUGCUUUUUUGG